GUAAGAACAGAGGCAACGAUGAAUGUUAGGUAGUCUGGUUGUUGUAUGUGUGGCAAUUGUACCAUGAAAUUAAAUCUAGUAGCAAAACUAGUCUUAAUCAGUUUUUUACUUAAUCUACUUCUCCUGUCAGACUGUUGGUGUUAUAGUUAUAGUCACGACUGGGAUCCCAUUCACAACAAAUAUCUCUAUUUUAGCAAUGAAGAAAGACUACAAAUGCUGGAUGCAUCGAAAAAGAUGUUUCAGUUUGGUUACGAAAAUUACAUGAAAUAUGCAUUUCCAGAAGAUGAGCUUGAUCCCGUUCACUGUAGAGGCCGAGGCCCCGAUUAUGAACAACCGGACAACAUUAAUAUCAAUGAUGUACUUGGAGAUUACGCUUUAACCCUUGUUGAAUCUCUUGAUACAUUAGCUGUGAUGGGUAACAGUCCUGAAUUCAAAAAAGCAGUGAAGCUUGUCAUUGAACAUGUUUCUUUUAACAAAAAUAACACAGUACAAGUCUUUGAAGCCACUAUCAGAAUGCUUGGUUCAUUGCUGUCUGCUCAUCUGAUAAUAAUUGAUCCUCAACAAACUCUAGGAGACAUGUCCAUUCCAGACUACAACAAUGAACUGCUAGAGCUGGCUCAUGACUUAUCUACCCGCUUGCUCCCUGCAUUUAGUAAUACAGCUACAGGGAUUCCUUAUCCAAGGGUUUCUCUUUCAGAAGGUGUUCCUACGAAUUGUGUCAAUGUAACCUGCACAUCUGGAGCUGGAACAUUGGUCUUAGAGUUUGGACUUUUAUCACGUCUGCUGAAUGACCCAGUUUAUGAGGCAGUGUCACGUAGAGCAGUUACCACAUUGUGGAAGUUGCGUUCAAAUGUUACUGGCCUGUUAGGAAACGUUAUCAAUAUUCAAACUGGUGAGUGGGUUGGUGCAAUGAGUGGACUUGGUGCUGGCAUUGAUUCAUUUUUUGAAUAUCUUCUAAAGGCUUAUAUUUUAUUUGGAGAAAAAAGUGACUUGGAAAUGUUUAAUGAAUCCUAUGAGACAAUAAAAUUCCAUUUAAGAAGAGGUCGCCCCAAGUGUAACUAUGGCUCUGGCAAUGUUCCCCUCUACGUCAAUGUAAACAUGAAGACAGGAGAAACUGUCAACACCUGGAUUGACUCCCUUCAAGCUGCAUGGUCUGCUGUACAGGUUUUAAAUGGUGAUAUGGAGGAAGCCAUUUGCUCCCAUGCUCUUUAUUAUGCCAUAUGGAGACGGUACAAUGCACUUCCUGAAAGAUAUAAUUGGCAAUUAAAAGCUCCAGAUGUUAGAUUUUAUCCUUUGCGCCCAGAGCUUGUGGAAUCAACCUACUUUUUAUACAGAGCUACCAAAAAUCCUUUUUAUCUCCAUGUUGGUAAAGAUAUAUUAGAGAGUAUCAAUCGACAUACAAAAGACAGGUGUGGUUAUUGUACUAUACAUGAUGUAGACACCAAAGAAUUAGAAGAUAGAAUGGAAAGUUUUUUCCUUAGUGAAACAUGUAAAUAUCUAUAUCUGUUGUUUGAUGUAGACAAUCCAGUCAAUCAAGAAUUUUCCAAGUAUCUUUUCACUACAGAAGGCCAUUUGAUUCCAUUAGAUAGGAAUUUCCACAGGAAACCUUGGGAAGAUUAUAAUGAAGUGCACUCACCAGAAAAACUAGUAAAAAAAAAACUUGAUGUGAAAUUAUUGAACAAUGAACUUGAAGACUCUGAAGAGAAUCACCCCGUGAUAUUUUAUGCUAGGACCAAUUCUUCUAUCUGUGAUACAGUAAAAAUUGAAAGGCGUUAUAAUCUGCCUAUCUUAAGCCAGUACUUGACUCAGCUGGAGAUUGCAGUUGGAUUGCGAGAAGAUCCCUGUGACUCAAGGUUGGAUUAACAGAUUAAUAUUAUUGUUCUAGUGUCAAUGUUGUAACUUGCAAUACUAAGGUGCAGAUACCCUUAAAGUAUUUCCUUCUGUUGUUACUAACUGCUGUUUCCAAUGUGUAAUUUAAAAAGAGAUUUUAAAAAAGGUAUGUCUAUGCACCAGAUAUCUAUCAUGUGUUUCGAUGUGAAAUCAAAGCCAAUUGAAGAGCAGAUUUGUAUGUCUGUUCAAAACUCUGUUCAUAUUUUUUUAUUUGUGGUAUUAUUAUUAAUUAGUUUUUUUUAAAGAUUUGUUAAUUAUGACUUGUAAACUCUGACCUAAAUAAUAUUCUGAACCACUAAAAACACUAAUCAAUGGAAUAACUAACUAUAAACCCAAAACCAUUGUGCCAGUUCUAACAAAGAAAAGGAAAAGGAAACAUUCAAUCUUCAUUGGGUCUUAGUUAACAUGAAAAAAGAAAUCUUUUCACUAACACAAUGUUUAUCUUUGGCACUAAAAGUUUCCAUACAUCGUAAAGAUGUGUUUUUCUAAAGGUCUGUGUAUAUCAGGCCAUCGUGUUUGUGUACAAAAGUUUUCAUGAAAUAAAAAUAAUAAAGUUGCACUUUGACUACAAGAAGAUAUUUUCAGAGAAGACAAACUAUGUCAACAGUUUUUGAUUAAGUAUAUUUAUCUCUGUAUUCAGUAAUGUCAAAUGUGAUGCUAAUUAUCUUAGUAUUAACACCAGGAAUACAUUCAUGUAGCUUAUGAUUUGGAUAAAUAAUAUGAGUUAAGUUAAUAACAUAUAUCCUAAACUAUAUUAAGCCAGGCGAUGUUCCUAAUAAAGCUGUUUUGUCUUAAAGCUAUUAAAGUUGAUUGUGUGACCCAAGCUUUGUAUUAGAGCCAAAGUAGAUGAGUUGAAAGUAUACAAUCUCUCUUCAAUUGUAAUGAUCUCAGCAUCUGGCAUAAAAGAACACAUUACUUUAUUUCGUGGCCAUGGAGUUGUUUAUAUUUAUAUACUAAAAAUGUUUUAAUUUGUGUUAUUUCUCUAUAAUAGUCAUUUAUGCAUAAUAUUUAGUUUCCAGUAAGAAACCAUUGAUUAUUCCUAUUUUUUUAUGUGCUUACACAUUUUCUUUAAUUCUUUUGUAAAUUAUAAAUAUUAUAGUCUUAACAUAGACUUUGUCUGGAUGUAUGCCACUAUAUAUCCCUCACCCAUUCUUCCCUUAAAUUAUUUUUUUUUAAUAAAAGUAUUUUAGUAUGUAUAACCUAUACAAGUUAUCACUGUAUUUUAAAAUGAAAAUUGUACAUUUUGUACAUUAAGAAAAAUACAAAUGUUUGUAAGGUAAGGUUUCAAAUUUAUAUUGGAUUAUUUUUGGGGUACUUUUCUCUAAUUAAUGCUUUAAUAGUGUAAUAUUAUAACAUAGUAAUAUAGAAUUACUUUUACCAUUUUCAUUUUAACACAAAAAUAAUUGCAAAAUGAAUAUUGUGGUAUAUGUGAAAUCCAGUUAUAUAAAAAUCAUAAUAUUUAUAUAGGGUAUAUAAAAAGAUUAUAUGACAGUAAAACUUUAUUGGUAGUUAAAUGGAGACAAACAAAAUGGAUAAGUGAAAGUCACUUAAAAAACAAAAACAUUCCUUAUGUGAGUAACAUCCUAAUUCUUUGUUGUGUUAGUUUUCAAGAGUUUGAGACAUACAGAAAUUGUUUUAGUUUUCACGUUCCCAACUUAUGACAUUGCUUAUCUACUUGCUUUAGUUUCAAUAAAAUACAGAGUUUAAGAAUAAAAAUGCUAACAAAAUGUUUAGCAAUCAGCAUUGAUGUCUCAGGGCAAUGAUUCUUAAUUAAGUUUAUAUCUUUACAUUUUAGAAACCAGACAGUUUGGCUAGACAAUCUUAGUUGUUUAGAAAAAGAGAUUGAUUUUGGACGAGUUCAGGUUUUGACUUGAUUAGUGUGCUAAUGUUAUACAAAUAAAUUCCAAUGUUUAAAAAACAAUUUCAUAAAGAUAUAAAACAUUGCUAGCUACUGUCAAACUUUAUUAUAGCAAACUUCACAAGACCUACUUUAUAUGAUGUUUAUAAGUGAUUAUAAUAUUUAUUCCUUUCUUUACAUAAAAUCUACUUUCUAAGUCUCUGUGUACAAAUGUAAGCAUCUACCAAUGUUUUGAUUACUUUAUUAAUUUCAUGGUACAAUUGCUUAAGCUAAAAAAAAAUAUUUUUGGUUAGUUGAGGUUGUCAUUUUGAAAGAAAUUAACCAAUAAAAUGUGUCAUGUACUUGAAACACACUCUGUAUGUUAUUAAAAGACAGAAAUUGAAGGGACCACAAGAGAAAAAAAAAAUUAUUACAUACAAUAUCAACCCUUCUGAAAGAGCAAAAUAUUUGACCUUGGUUGUUUAAAGUUAAUUGAGAUAAUAGCCUAUUUUUUCAUUUUUUAAUUUACUGAUGAACUUAUGCAAUAUGGUGAUUGUAGACUAAUAUAGUCUCACUAUGUGCCAAUGUUACUGAUUCAUUGAUGUUAUUUUAAUAAUGUUGCUUUGUAUACUUCCUUGUGUGUAUUGCAUUUAUUUUAUAAAGUAAUUUAAAAACGAAAUUGUAUCACAAAAACAAUUUGUCACAUUAGUGGUAGAACAUUGCUAAAUUAUCUAUUUCAAUCCUCAAAUUUGUACUAAAGUGAUUUCGUACAAUAUCUGACUCCUGUACAAACUAAGAGAAAAUCUCUGUGUGAAUAGAGAGUUGGUUAGGUAUUAGGCUUUUCAUGAACCUUUUUCUCUUACUAAAUACACAGGAUAAUCCUCUAUAUUUAAGUAAGUUUGUAAAUUAUAUGUUUAUAAACUUAUGCUGUAAAGAAAUGAAACAUUUAAUAAUGAGCAGUUGUAAAUGUAUCAAUGAAGAACACUGAUCUUUUAUUACUUUUACUUGUUUUGUUUUUCUUUUUCCAACACUGUACUUAGUAGUAUACAAUGGUAGAAAACUUAAUGCAAAUUAUUUUAAAAUUCAAGAAUCACUAUCUCAAUAUGGCUAUUUUUUUUUUUUACAAGAUCAACUAUUAACUUUUAAGAUUAUAUUUUUGUCCCUAUGCAUUGUUAUAAGCAAUACAUAGCUAGAAUAAGAGCUAUUGUUUACACAUAACUAUAUAUUAUUCUAAGCAAUAAAUGUUAUGGUUUUAAGUCUAAACUAUAUAAAAAAAGCCUCACUUCUCUUUAAGCAUUAUAAAAGACAACUUUCUAAUUGUAUUAGUCUAUGCAGCUUUUUUUUUUCUAUUGCUCCAGUACUUCCAUACCAGACCUAUUAUUAUGCAGGCACAUGAACUUCCACUUGUCUCUGUAUAAUGUGUCUGUCUUGCCUGUUAUGGUUCUGGUCAUUAACAUAAUUGAGCAUCAGCAUGACCACUUGUCAUUCCCUAGUUCCUUUUGUUUGGGUCAGCACAAGUGUUAUUUGAUUCAAGUGCCUUAACUCAGGGUCUUCUGUUACAUUGUUUCUUUUAACUAUUGAACCUGGUCCUUUGCACUAUUGACUUUUGUUUUGAAACCAUAUCUUUAAUUAUCUUCUGUGCUCUGUGUCAAUUACAAUCAACAUGUUUUCACCUUGCAGCUAAUAGCAUUGUCGAAAUAGACCAAGAUUGCUUUUCAUACAAGUAAAAUGUUAUAUGGCUGUGAAAAUAAACAUGUCUAUGUACAUUUGUAUUUAUCUUUAAGAGUUCAAAUAACAGACAGGGUAAAAGAAAUGAACACCAAGCUUUGAACAUUUAGUGUUGUCUAACAUCAUUAUAUAUUAAAGUGAAUUGUUCAGUUUAUAAAGCUUGGUAAAACAUCAAAUGUAUGAAUUGAAAUCUAAUAUAUAUUGUUCAACUAGAUAUAUUUGCUGAUAUAUGACUUGCUCAUUGUUUAUUUAAAACAUCUAAAGUUAAUCAUUGUAAAACUAAUUUUUUGUAGCAAGUUAUAUCUUGUUUGAAGUCACUCAAUAAUUUUUUUUGAAUGCUUAUCAUAAAGAAGUCAAGCAAUAAUCAUAUAAAUAUAUUUGUUAGUGUGCACCUCUCAAUUUAACACUAUUACAUGUAACUUUCACAUUUAUUUUCUAUACAAAAUGGGUUAGCUGUGAUUGUUAGGGUCACUGAAAGUACAUCUAAUCUGAUCUAAGUUACAUCCACAUGGAUCAGUGAGACACACAUUUUAUUUGUUUGCAAUAAAGCUUUUUUUUUAAAAAAAAAACAUAAAUUUUUCAAUUUAUCUAUUAUGAAGUUAUCCAUUAUUAAUCUUUUAAUUAUUUUAAUAAUAUUUUUGCAAAAUGCCAAGCAAAAAUGUACUUUUUCAUUUUCUUAUAUAUUAUUUUCAGUGCUUUUUUUGUGACAGUAUGCACCGGUAAAUGUAAAGAAAAGUGAAGUUCCCCUUUCAGACCUUGCGGUCUAUAGGGCAGAUGAUGUAAAGGUCAUCCAUUUCUGUGGUCCACGGCUUACAAGGGUGUCAUGUGGCCAGCACAACGACCAACUGCCUUUACUUUUCCUUAACUAAUGUCAGGUACCCAUUAGAGCUGGGUGAACUCAGAGACGCUCAAAGAUACCAAAAUUAAAAAUUCCAGAUUUCACAGAGAUUCAAACCUGGGACCUUCGGUUUGGAAGUCAAGUGCUUUACCGUUCAGCCAGCUCGACUCCACCUUUUUCAAUGUGGGGAAAAAUGAAUACUUUUCUUGUAUUUUAACAUUUAUUAUUCAUUUAUUAGUAGUUAAAAGUUAGGCAAUCCAUCACUGAGUACUGACACCCAUUUUAUUUUACAAAAAAGAAGCACUGAUUAUUUUUAUAACUUAAUAAGUUUUUUUUUGGCUUGGGGGGAGGGGGGGGGGAGACAAAUAUUUUUGAAAAGUAAAAGUGUCAUAAAAUGUUAAAUGUUCACCAGAGAUUUCUCAAUGACCUACAUUUUGUUGUUUAACAGCUGAAUGUAGUUAUGUAGAGGUGCUACAUGCUAGGUGCUGCUAUGUUGACUCUUUUACCAAUCCUGAUAACGAUAAAGAUAGAAUGUGUGUUUGCAUUUUA